GGGAUUUAGCAAAGUCGCGCUCAGCUAAAAUGGGACAAUAGCUAAAGCAGCUCUGAGGAGUCUGAUUGUGUGCCUUGCUGCCUUGUGCCGGAGCUAGCAGAGGAAGAUGCGUGUUUUUAUCCUUGUGCAACGCCAGUCUGUCUAACUACUGAACAGAGCGAUGUGCUGAAGUUGGAGAUCCUGACAAAAUGGGAGCACUUGUGUUCUCUGCGACCUGCAGUUUACUUCUAGCUCUGGUGCAAGGGCACAGCUUAUUCACCUGUGAGCCAAUUACUAUUUCCAGAUGUUCAGGAAUGCCUUACAAUAUGACUUUUUUCCCAAACCUCAUGGGACACUAUGAUCAGGACACGGCUGCUCGCAAAAUGGACCCUUUCCUUAUUCUUAUGAAUCUUCACUGUUCACCAGACGUCCACACAUUUCUGUGCAGAGCCUUUGUCCCAGCCUGCCUAGAUCAGAUUCACGUGAUUCACCCCUGCCGAAGCCUCUGUGAGAAAGUGUAUUCUGACUGUAAGCAGUUGAUGGACACUUUUGGAAUUGCAUGGCCUGAAGAGCUGGAAUGUACCAGGUUAAUCAACUGUGAUGAGGCUGCUCCUGCCACUGCUGCUGUAACCACAAACAUACAUGGAACUCAGAAGACCCCAAGCCAGAUCCGAAGGGAUUAUGGAUUCUGGUGUCCCCGACACCUACACACUACCAAUGGACAAGGCUACAAGUUUCUAGGAAUUGAUCAGUGUGCACCCCCAUGUCCCAAUAUGUACUUCAAGAAUUAUGAAUUGGAUGUGGCAAAAAGUUUUAUUGGAAUAGUUUCAAUCUUUUGUCUUUGUGCUACACUGUUCACGUUCCUAACUUUUCUGAUUGAUGUUAAAAGGUUUAGAUACCCAGAGAGACCAAUCAUCUAUUAUUCUGUCUGUUACAGCAUAGUCUCUCUAAUGUACUUUAUUGGAUUUUUACUUGGGAACAGAACUGCCUGUAAUGAGGCAGAUGAGAAGUUAGAAAUUGGUGAAACAGUUGUUCUUGGCUCCCAGAACAAAGCCUGUACUGUCCUUUUCAUGGUUUUGUACUUUUUCACUAUGGCAGGAACUAUAUGGUGGGUGAUUCUGACCAUCACUUGGUUCCUUGCAGCGGGAAGAAAAUGGAGCUGUGAAGCUAUUGCACAGAAGGCCAUGUGGUUCCAUGCAGUUGCCUGGGGAAUACCUGGUUUUCUAACCAUUAUGCUCCUUGCAAUGAACAAAGUGGAAGGGGACAAUAUCAGUGGAGUUUGUUUUGUGGGUCUCUACGACCUGGAUGCCUCGCUGUACUUCGUGCUUUUGCCGCUGUGCCUCUGUGUGUUUUUCGGUCUCUCUCUCCUUUUAGCUGGCAUCAUUUCUCUGAACCACGUGCGGCAGGUCAUUCAGCACGACGGCAGGAACCAGGAGAAGCUCAAGAAGUUCAUGAUCCGAAUUGGAGUUUUCAGUGGGUUGUAUUUGGUGCCUCUUGUAGCCCUUCUCGGAUGUUACGUUUAUGAACUGGUGAAUCGGAAAAUCUGGGAAACUACUUGGGUGUUUGACCACUGUGACCAGUACCAUAUUCCUUGCCCUUAUCAGGCAAAGGCACUAGCAAGACCAGAAAUAUUUUUGUUUCUGAUGAAAUAUUUGCUGACAUUAAUUGUUGGCAUAUCUCCAGUGUUCUGGGUGGGAAGUAAAAAGACCUGCUCCGAAUGGGCCAAUUUCUUCAACAGAAACCGCAAAAGAGAUGAUGUGCUUGUACUCUCUUCCAGUCCAAUCAGCGAGAGUCGAAGAGUGCUGCAAGAAUCAUGUGAAUUUUUCUUGAGGCACAAUUCCAAAGUUAAACAUAAAAAGAAGCACUACAAGUCAACUUCACACAGACUGAAAGUCAUUUCAAAGUCAAUGGGGACCAGUACAGGUGGCACAACAAAUCAUGGAACUUCUGCAGUAGCAAUCACUAAUCAUGAUUACUUGAGCCAAGAAACUGUGGCAGAAAUUAAAAGCUCUCCAGAGACAUCUGAGAAGGAGAUGGAGGCAGAUGGAGCAUCCGCCCGAAGAGUGGAGGAAGGUGAAACCAGCGGAGAUCAGAUGUUCCCCAGUGCUAAACUGACCGUGGAUCAGCUGGAAAGGAGAAACAAAGCAGACAGCACCUGCCAUAUGAGUACUUUGGCUGAGAGUAUUAAGAGAGUAGGUGAAGGAAGAAUAACUCCUAAAAAUGAUUUUAGUGAAUCUCCUUCACUGCAAAGGAGCUGUUCCCAAAUACCUGAUGUCCCACAGUCACCUUCCAUAUCACUACUUGUCUACUCAGCUUCAGACACCAGAAGAGAGUUGGAUUCAGGAAACAGUUCUAAUCCUUGAAAGAUGGAAAAUGUAUAUGAACAUUUGUAUUGCAUAAGACUGAAAAUUUAUAUGAACAUUUGCAUUGUAUAAAACUGACAUGAGUUCUUUGUUACACUGGAAAUAAUGGAUAUUCUGUGCCUUAUUAAAAACACAUAUAUCCUGCUUUGCACUUAAAAAUGUAUGUUUUGUUGUGGGGACAGCUAGCAAUAACGUACUGUAUUUAAUCCUGUCCAGGACUAAUGGAAAUUGAAGUUCUGUAGGACAUGGCAAUAAUGUAAGAAAAAGAUGAGAGACAAAUAUUAUUCCUUAUAUAAAGAACACUUUGUAAUGAAUUGCAUUAAAAUAAUGCUUCAAAAGCACUGUUACUUCUCAAGGUAUAAAAUUCCAUCUGCCUCUUCAAUAUUUUUCAAAACUUGUAGUUUUUUCUCUUUUUUACUGUCUCUUAAACAACAGUAUCACUUAAGUAAGUGAUGCACAAAUUUCUAAAUACUCUAAAUGAUGCAUCAUGUUGUAUCAAUUAUAGCACUGGUUCAUGGUAGCUUGUACACUGAAUAUGAAAAGGAAUCUGAAAUUAUAGCAGUUUAUUUUGUACAUAAAAAUGAAUUUUGUAAAUAAGUGACUGCAUAAGGUCAAUCUUUAGAAUUGCUCUUUUGUAUGUAAUGUACAAACUUGGGAAAGUUCCUGUGUUUCCCUUAGGGUGUUGCUGAAGCCAGCAGUCCCCUGGUGAUCAGGCAACGUGACACAGUUCUGAGAAAAGCAGGCUGGACCUUUACCCAUAUCAUGCACUGAUGAUUGGGCUGAGACAGGCCCUGCUGCAGGGAUGCUGCAGAAGGUGCAGCUCUGUCUCACAGAAAUGCCUCCUGGAGCCUCUCCUGGCCUGGUGUCCCAGGGCAUGGUGACAAAGGGGACACCUCAGACUCCUGGGCUCAGUGGGCACAGCCUGAUGUGCAGGCUUGGGGCUUUUGUCCUGAGCUGCAGUGAGAGCUCAUCUUGUGCUGUUUCUAUGUGAGUAACUUCAUUUUUUAAAAAAUGCUAUAAAGAAAUAUCUUGCAGAUAACUGCUGUGAAUAACUGGUGAGUUAUGAAUAUGCAGGUUUCUUUAACAAUCUAUUUACAGAGAAGACAGCCUUAGUACUUUUCCUCCAAAAUCUAGUUUUCUACAAAGCCUAAUUUUCUAUUAUGCUACAGCAAUAUAUUUUCUCUAAACCAAAAAGGCCUUAAUACAUAUAGCCUUUCUUAUGCUAGGUGGUUCUCAGGAGCAAGUACUGCUGAUGUGGAUGACAAUUUCAUUGUCUGACUUCAUUUGAGUCAAUUUUUUUUAAGAGCCAAUGGGGUUUGUUACUUGAGAUAAUUUGGAGAGAGAUUUUGCUGUUUUCUAAACCUAAAUGUCAGUGCAUUUUGUAAAACUGUCCAGCAUCUUGCAUUUGACCACUAAUAAGAAUGUGUCUCAAUGUUAUGGUAUUAGGCAGAGAAUUUACUGUGAGUUGGGUCAGCAUUCAUGGUGAUGCAUUGAACAAUGAAAAUUGCAUGGUACAAAGGACAUGUAAAUGCUGGAACAACAGGAACUAUGUUCUGAUAAACCAAAGUUAUUUGUUUUAUCCAUCAUGCAUUAAAAAUGAAAUUUCUUUACCUUUAUAUUACAGUAUCUGCAUUUUAGCAUUUGUAAUUUAUUGCCAUCAAUGGGAUAUGCUCUUUCUUUUAGAAUUUUCCCAUUAAAAGUACACAGAAUUCUUGCUACUGAGUGGGCAGUAGGAAAGAUAUGAAAAACCUCCUGUGAAAAGGUGCACAAAAUACCCUUCAUUUUUCUAGUUCUGUUUGUAACCAGGUAACUUUAUACACAUGUUCAGUAGUUUUGUUAUUACUGUAUUUGUUGGUAAUAAAAUAUGCUGUUGUAUAGUA